ACUUGACUCCUACGGGCGUGGUCUUACAAUUCUGAUUAAUGUCCCAAUCGCAUCAUUCGAGAGCUGCAAUUUUGCAUGAAACUGGAAAUAAGAAAAACGCGAUUGAUAAUGAAGAUUUUUCUUCCAAUGGCAAAGAUAGAAAUUAUUGUCCCGAAACAAUUAAAGAGAAGAAAAAAAUUGCUACCGAAUGCGGAUUUUGUAAAAACAACGGAGAAGUUCCUCAUUUUUAUAAAAGUCAUACUCUAAGGAAUGGACGUGGCAAAAUAAACUGUCCAGUUUUAAGAGCUUAUACUUGCCCUAUUUGUAACAAUGAAGGUGGGGAUAAUGCUCACACCAUAAGAUACUGUCCCGAAAAUAAAUCACAAAAUCAAAUACCUUUUGUUUUAUCCCUGAAGACUUUGAGAUCUUCUACUGGCAAAAUAAAGAAAACAAAAUAA